GUGAAGCUUCACUCUCGUCUCUCUACACAAAAGCUCACUUCAACUUUUUCACUCUCCCCACCCUAUUCCAAUUUCUAGGGUUUUUCGAUCGCGAUUCCUCGCGCAUAUUUCUCCCAUGGGGUAAUCAAUCUCUCCUCCGCUGUUUUCGCCCGAUUUUUUGGCUAUUUUUCCCCUUUUUUCCCCCCGAAGUUUUCGAGGCGAUUUACUAGUAUGCGUGUGUUACGCGAAGAGAUUUGGCAUUACUACAAGCAUUUGAUCUGCAUGUGUUAUGAAGCAGAUAAAACUAACUCGCUCUGAUAAGAUCUACUUGACGGUGUCUUUACCGGAUGCGAAGGAUGUUUCGGUGAAGUGCACGCCUGAAGGUCUGUUUAGCUUCUCGGCGACAGGGGCCCAGGGUGAGCCCUUCAGCCUCAGCUUGGAACUCUUUGAUACUAUAAUCCUCGAGGGGAGCAAAACAAACAUUGGCUUGCGAAACAUAAUUUGUUCGAUUCAGAAGGAGAAGAAAGGUUGGUGGAAGCGACUGCUGAAGUCAGAGGAAAAGCCUGCUCCUUAUAUCAAGGUAGACUGGAACAAAUGGUGCGAUGAAGAUGAAGAAGACUCUGCUUCAUCACUUCCGUCUGAUGAUGACUAUGGUGGGGCCGAUGGCAAAGAUGACAGCAGUGAUGAUGAUGGACUUCUCUAUCUCCCUGACCUUGAAAAGGCUAGAGGAAAGUAACUGACUGGAUCUGGUGUUUGAAGAUAGAUCCAUAGUAGAUGCUAGUAUAUACUGUUCAGUGAGUUGUCUAGGAUUCAGGCAACAAAUCUUUUGCAUGAAUAGUAUGUUGCCCUGCAGAAUUUACUUAGACAAUAGCCUCAUAAUGGUUGUAAAAUUUUCCUGGAUUUUGACCUACUGGAGCUUCCCAGGUAGUACUUAAAAGUAGGAUGCUUGGAGAACUACUAGCAGUCUUUUUUGGUUGAGAAAAACCCUCUAUACAGCUUUUCGCCGCAGCAGAAACAAAAAAGUUUCAGCU